CUGCAGCUGGACACCAUGAGCCUCAGUGAGGAUCAGGUGCAGCAGUUCCUGGACCAGAACCCCAGCUUUGCGGACCGGUACUUUGGGAAGAAGCUGAGCCUGGAGAAUGGGGCACAUGCCGGUGUGGACGGGCUGCCGGGGGACUGCGCCAGCUUCCGCGAGCUGUGCCAGGUGCAGGAGGCCGCGGCGCUGUUCGCGAUGGUGCAGGACAUGCAGGAGAGCGUGAACAUGGAGCGCGUGCUGUUCAGGGUCCUGCGGCGACUGGGCGCCCUGCUGCAGGCCGACUGCUGCAGCCUCUUCCUGCACCGCCAGCGCAACGGCGUGGCCGAACUGGCCACGCGCCUCUUCAGCGUGCAGCCAGGCAGCAUCCUGGAGGACUGCCUGGUGCCCCCCGACUCUGAGAUCGUCUUCCCGCUGGACAUCGGAGUCGUGGGACACGUUGCCCAGACCAAGAAAAUGGUGAAUGUCAAGGAUGUGACCCAGAGCUCCCGCUUCAGCUCCUUCGCUGACGAGCUGACUGGCUACGUGACAAGGAACAUCUUGGCCACACCCAUCAUGAACGGCAAAGACGUGGUGGCCGUUGUCAUGGCCGUGAACAAGCUAGACGGCCCGUGUUUCACAAGCGAAGAUGAAGACGUUUUCUUGAAGUACCUGAACUUCGGGACCUUGAACCUGAAGAUCUACCACUUGAGCUACCUGCACAGCUGUGAAACACGCCGCGGCCAGGUGCUGCUGUGGUCGGCCAACAAGGUGUUUGAGGAGCUGACGGACAUCGAGAGGCAAUUCCACAAGGCUUUCUACACGGUGCGGGCCUAUCUGAACUGUGAGCGGUACUCGGUGGGCCUCCUGGACACGACCAAGGAGAAGGAGUUCUUCGACGUGUGGCCGGUUCUGAUGGGAGAGGCCCAGCCGUAUUCAGGCCCUCGCACCCCUGACGGCCGUGAGAUUCUCUUCUACAAAGUCAUCGACUACAUCCUGCACGGCAAAGAGGACAUCAAAGUCAUCCCCACACCCCCAGCUGACCACUGGGCCCUGGCCAGCGGCCUUCCAACCUACGUGGCAGAAAGUGGCUUCAUCUGUAAUAUUAUGAAUGCCUCCGCUGAUGAAAUGUUCACAUUUCAGGAAGGCCCUCUGGAUGACUCUGGGUGGGUCAUCAAGAAUGUCCUCUCCAUGCCCAUCGUCAACAAAAAGGAGGAGAUUGUGGGGGUUGCCACGUUUUACAACAGGAAAGAUGGGAAGCCUUUUGAUGAGCAGGAUGAAGUCCUCAUGGAGUCCCUCACGCAGUUCCUGGGAUGGUCAGCGCUGAACACUGACACCUACGACAAGAUGAACAAGCUGGAGAACCGCAAGGACAUCGCCCAGGACAUGGUGCUGUACCAUGUGAGAUGCGACAAGGAUGAGAUCCAGCUGAUCCUGCCAACAAGAGAACGCCUAGGGAAGGAGCCUGCUGACUGUGAGGAGGAUGAGCUGGGGAAAAUCUUGAAGGAAACGCUGCCGGGACCCACCAAGUUUGACAUCUAUGAGUUCCACUUCUCUGAUCUGGAGUGCACGGAGCUGGAGCUGGUCAAGUGCGGCAUCCAGAUGUACUAUGAGCUUGGCGUGGUCCGAAAGUUCCAGAUCCCCCAGGAGGUCCUGGUGCGGUUCCUGUUCUCCGUGAGCAAAGGGUACCGGAGGGUCACCUACCACAACUGGCGCCACGGCUUCAACGUGGCCCAAACGAUGUUCACGCUGCUCACGGUGCGUGGGCGGGCAGGGCGUCUCCCCGCACCCCUGGUCCUCACCCGGGUUGGGACGACCCCGCGGGCUGCAAGGGCGGCGCCUGUCCCCAGGCGCGGGACGGUGGGCUGGGGCCUCGGGGCGGAGCCGUCCCAGAACCCCCUAGCCAGGCUGCACGGCUCCUCGAUUCUCGAGCGACAUCACCUGGAGUUCGGCAAGUUCCUGCUGGCGGAGGAGACCCUGAACAUCUACCAGAACCUGAACCGGCGGCAGCACGAGCACGUGAUCCACCUCAUGGACGUCGCCAUCGUCGCCACCGACCUGGCGCUCUAUUUCAAGAAAAGGACAAUGUUCCAGAAGAUUGUGGACGAGUCCAAGGACUACGAGGACAGGAAGAGCUGGGUGGAGUACCUGUCCCUGGAGACGACACGGAAGGAGAUAGUCAUGGCCAUGAUGAUGACGGCGUGCGACCUGUCUGCCAUCACCAAGCCCUGGGAAGUCCAGAGCAAGGUCGCUCUGCUGGUGGCAGCUGAGUUCUGGGAACAAGGUGAUUUGGAAAGGACAGUGCUGGAUCAACAGCCCAUUCCGAUGAUGGACCGGAACAAGGCGUCUGAGCUCCCCAAACUGCAGGUCGGCUUCAUCGACUUCGUGUGCACCUUCGUGUACAAGGAGUUUUCCCGGUUCCAUGAGGAGAUCCUGCCCAUGUUCGACCGACUGCAGAACAACCGCAAGGAGUGGAAGGCCCUGGCGGACGUGCACGAGGAGAAAGUGAAGGCCCUGGAGGAGCAGCAGCACCAGGAGAGGACGGCAGCCAAGGAAGUGGGCACAGAAAUUUGCAACGGUGGCCCAGUGCCCAAGUCUUCUACCUGCUGCAUCCUGUGAGCCGGCCACGGGGGCCUGCUCGCUCUGCCUCUAACCAUUUGCUACAAGAGGUUAGGAAGGCUGAGAAAGUGACUGAAGACAAUUUUGGAUAUUUUCAAAUUUUUUUAUGGUGUUUUUAUAAACUAAAGCCAACUACAAGUAACUUCAAGUGUAGCCUAUCUUACACUUAACUCUUCUCCAAUCUUUGGACACAAAGUAUUCCACUGAGACCUUGAAGUCUGCGAAUGGGGUAAAAGCACUGGCCGAGAAUGUUCAGUGCACAAGGGGAGACGGGUAGGCAUAUGGCUUCCUCUCAUCUGGGUUAGGACAAAACAUGAUCAGAAACUUAGAAUAAAAUAAAGAGGAAACAAGGUGCCCUUUU